AUGCGCAAUCUAUUUUGUUACAGGUUUAUGAACAACCGCGUUCCUCCACAUAAGAGAUACCAGCCCACAGAGUACGAGCAUGCUGCCAACUGCGCCACUCAUGCGUUGUGGAUAAUCCCAAGUCUCCUGGGCAGCUUGGUGCUUCACUUCCUGUCCGAGGGCCAAUGGGAGCGCGUGUCUGCCUGGCUAUACGGGGCCGGCCUCAGCUCGCUCUUCAUCAUUUCCACCCUGUUCCACACUGUGUCCUGGAAGAAGAGCCACCUCCGGUCUGUGGAGCAGUGCUUCCACAUGUGUGACAGGAUGGUUAUCUACUUCUUCAUCGCAGCCUCCUACGCCCCCUGGUUGAACCUGCGUGAGCUGGGGCCCUGGGCCUGUCACAUGCGCUGGCUCGUCUGGGUCAUGGCCUCCUUCGGCACCACCUAUGUCUUCUUCUUCCACGAGAGGUACAAGCUGAUGGAGCUGAUCUGCUACACUGUGAUGGGUGUGUUCCCUGCCCUGGUCAUCCUUUCCAUGCCGGAACAGUCGGGCCUGUACGAGCUGCUGAUGGGCGGCACCUGUUACUGCUUGGGCAUGGUCUUCUUCAAGAGCGACGGCAUUGUUCCGUUUGCCCAUGCCAUCUGGCACCUCUUUGUUGCCAUGGGAGCCGCCGUGCACUACUACGCCAUAUGGAAGUACCUUUACGCCCCGCCGGCCAAUCAGGUUCAGACGUCCAGAUGACAUCACCACUGACCAGGAAGUGACCCAGUGUUCAGCGAGACU